ACAUAAGGGCACCCAAAGGAAUUUGCCCACCUCUACAGAGGUUUCAGCAGAUGUCCUCCAACAAAGAACACAAAGGUAGAGCUGUACCACUUCCCAGAACCAUUGAGAACAUUUCCAGUAAUUUGAAAGAAGAUUCAAAAUCAGAAGUAAAAAGUGGCACUAGAGAAGCAAGGAAUAUGACCCCAAAACAGGAUAUUUAUUUGAUAAUUCAGGGAGUCCCUUUACAAAAUAGCCAGAGUGGUCCUAAGUGGCAGCAGAAGCGAGGAGUAAGUAGCCUUGAGAAGACCUAUGAAAAGAGACAAAAACAGAAAACUGGAGUGAAAGUUGAAGAGCUUCCUAAGAAAACUCAGAGUAAAGAAGAGAGAAGAGAAACAAAGGACAAAAGAAAAGAUACUAAGAAGGGCAUGAAUAAGGAAAAAGAAAUAGAUAAGGCCCAAUCAAUGGAAGGAGGUGGUGAAAAAUAUAAAGGUGAAGAAGAAGACAGGAUGAACAUGGAAAAGAAGGGAGAUGAGGACAAGGAGGAUGAAGACAAGAAGGGAGAUGAAGACAAGAAGGAAGACAAGGACUUAAAGGAGAAAAAAUACAAGGAAGAGGAAAAAAACAAAAAGAACUAUAAGAAAGGAUAUGAGGACAAGAUAGAGGACAAGGACAAGGAGGGAGUGGAAGACAAGACAGAGGACAGGGACAAGAAGGGAGAUGAGAACAUAGAGCAAGGUGAGAAUGAGGACAAGGAGAGAGAUGGAGACAAGAUAGGGGACAUGGGCAAUAAUGGAUAUGAAGACAAGAUAGAGGAUAGGGACAAGAGAGAUGAAGACCAGACAGAGGACAAGUACAAGGAGGGAAAUGAGGACAAGACAGAGGACAUGGGCAAUAUUGGAGAUAAAGACAUGACAGAGGAUAGGGACAAGAAGGGAAAUGGGGACAUAAGGGAAGGUGAGAAUGAAGACAAGGAAGAAGAGGAAAACAAGACAGAGGACAAGGACGAGGGAGAUCCAGACAAGACAGAGGACAAGUCCAAGGAGGAAGAUGAAGACAAGAUAGAGGAUAUAAAAGGAGAUUCUAUGAAAAAAAAAGGACAAAAAAAAAAGUGGGUAAAGAGGACAAGAAGAACAUAGACCCAAAAGAAGGUUAUGGAAAGAAAAUGGGCAGUAAAAAAAAAAGAUCACACUAAAGAAAAAAUAACACUAGAUUUCAUAAACUAAAAAAACAGAAUUGAAUAAUUUUGCUCUAACACAUAAACUUCAAAACUAGCUCCCAGUCUUCUAUGAUGUAGGUUAGAAUGAUACACUCCUUACAUUCUCUUUAGUCACAAAUUUUCUGCUCCUUUGCUUGUAAUCUGGAAGAAGAUCUUUCAGAGAUUGCUUCUAUUUACAUCUCUGUCUCAAACUUCAGUUUCCAAACACAAGUUUUCAAAAUGUAUGUUCAUUAUGAACCAUUGCUGGGAAAAUACAAUUAAGUAAAAAUUAAUUAAAACUCUGAUUAAAGCAAUGUAGAGUUAUUUUUCUCAAAGAAGUGUGGUAUU